AUGGUGAGGCGGUCGAGGUUGAUCCUUACACCCAUGGGCGAAGUGUUGGUGUUGCUGUUGAUUGGAAAUACUCUGACGCUAGCCAAAGCCAAUAAUUCACCUUCCACCUUUGUCCAAAACGCCAUCUUCCUCAACAAGAUCGUUAUCUUCUCCAAAUCCUAUUGGCCGUAUUGCCUUCGUGCCAAGCGCAUUUUAAGUGAGCUAAAUGAGAAACCUUAUGUUGUAGAGCUUGAUCUCCGAGACGAAGGAGGUAAAAUCCAAUAUGUCCUUGAUUUGGUAGGUCGAAGCACUGUUCCGCAAGUGUUUGUGAAUGGAAAGUAUAUUGGAGGCUCUGAUGGUCUCGGAGCUGCAGUCGAUAAUAGUACACUGCAAAGGCUUCUAACUGGAAGUUGAUCAACUGUUAGAAAGAAGGAAAUGCAAUCAUUUGAUCUGAUUCGUGAACUACAAAACUGCUUGAGGAUUACAGAAUCAUAUCUGGGUUGUGAAUUUAGUUUCACAUCAAGAUUUCGAUGAGUGCUCUGUG